UUUAAGCCCCGGUGCGUGAUGUCACUGCGGCUGGGAGACACGGGGCGGCGGGCGGCGGGGCUGCGGCGGGGAGCGCGGCCCGGGGGGGACCCUUGCGCGGCGGGGACCCCCGCCCGGUGAGACCCCGUGGGCACCCCCGCCCGUGGGACCCCUUGCCCGGUGGGGGACCCGCGCCCGUGGGAUCCCCCGCCCGUAGGAUCCUCUGACCCGUGGGGACCCCCGCCCGGUGAGACACCCCCCCCUCCUAGACCCGUGGGGACCCCCAGACCCGUGGGGACCCCCUGCCCCGCCGGCGGGACGGGCUCGGCGGCGCAGCAUGGGCAGCCUCCAGCUGCAGGACUUCGUGGCAGGCUGGGUGGGCGGAGCCGCCAGCGUGGUUGUGGGCCACCCUCUGGACACGAUCAAGACUCGUUUGCAAGCUGGUCAAGGAUAUGGAAAUACUCUCAACUGUGUUCUCACUGUGUACAGAAAUGAGUCUGUGGCUGGCUUCUUCAAAGGCAUGUCCUUCCCGCUGGCCAGCAUUUCCGUCUACAGCUCCGUGGUGUUUGGCGUCUUCAGCAACACGCAACGGCUCCUCAGCCAGCUCCGCCACGGAGACCCUUCUCGCACGCCGGCGCUCGCCGACGUGGCUCUGGCCAGCAUGGUGGCUGGGUUCAUCUCCGUGGGCAUCGGCACCCCUGUGGACCUGGUAAAGAUAAGGCUACAGAUGCAAACGCAGCCGUACAUCAAAGCAAACAUUAAACUAAAGCCCACAGUUCCUGGAUUUCCUGUGUACCAAGGCCCAAUUCACUGCUUUAGGACAGUCCUACAGAAAGAGGGGAUAGCAGGAAUAUACCGAGGCAUGGGAGCAAUGCUUCUGCGAGAUGUUCCUGGGUACUGCCUCUAUUUCAUCCCUUACACAAUUUUCUGUGGAUGGAUUACCCCUGACGGAUGUAUUUCCCCUAAUCCCUUCUCCAUCUGUCUUGCAGGGGGUGUAGCAGGAGCCAUUUCCUGGGGGACUGCUACUCCAAUGGAUGUUGUGAAAAGUCGACUUCAGGCAGAUGGAGUUUAUUUAAACAAGUACAAAGGGACCCUUGACUGUAUCUUGCAGAGCUACCAGAACGAGGGCUUAAAAGUCUUUUUUAGGGGCAUCACGGUCAAUGCAGUGCGAGGAUUCCCAAUGAGUUCAGUCAUGUUUCUUGGCUAUGAACUUUCCCUCAAAGCAAUGAAAAGAGACCAAACUGAGACCAAUCCUUAACUUCCAGUGUUGCCAAGAAGACCUGAAAGUCUCCUAAUUUCCUGAGCCAAAUCAGCAGUGUGGUGUUGGUGAGGGCUUAGCUGCUCUGAUCGAAGACUCCCGUCCUGCACCUACAGCAUCUGCUUUCUGUACUGCCAUGGAGGAGUCCUUGGAGGACUCCGAAAACCACACCAGCUCAAUAACAUCCAAAGACCAUUUUCUUAUGAAAUCUUUCACUCUGUUGUCUAACAGCAUCUUAAUAAUUCCCAUGGUGGUGUUGGGCUUUUUCACCGAUGACCUUUUUCCCAUGGAGCCGAGAGACAACUUGAGACAACUCCCCUACCCACAUGAGCGAGAUACACCCAAACCCAGCCCACCCGACAUCAGCUGAGGCAGCGUCUUUUGUACAACACUGCGUAUAAUGCUCGUCAUUUUUGUGAAUGAGGAAAGGAGGAGGCGUGGUGGGUGCACAAGUGCUUUUCGUGUAGGAAGGUCUGGAUUCCCACCAAAUCCUAGCUGGCUUUCGGGAUCAAAGAAAUGGAUGACUCCAUCCAUACGAACAGAUACUCGUGUUUUACAUCACAGAACUAUCCAGUUUGCCAUAAUUUAACACAUUAUCAUGAAAAAUGCGAAGGGCUUCAACAACUUCAGUUUGUUAUCUGAGGUAAAAAUUAAGCUGGGAAACAGGAGGAUGUUAAAUUCAGAGACUAAGCUGCUCUUUUUUUCUUCAGAAAACAAUAAAACAAGUCUGCAUUUCAUAGAGAUGGCCACUUAUUAAUUUAUUGAACCCGCCUUAUGUGGCCCUCCAGGGACCUGCUAGAGGAAUCUCGGUAGCCCUUCUGAUCUCCCUGACGUGACAGACCAGCUUGCCAACUGCCAAGUCCUGCAGACAUCACUUUGCAAUCUUGAGAGACCAUCACCGAAAGAAGUCUCUUUAAGGGAUGCAGAGUUUAUCCCAAAUUAUUCUCUAAAACACACAGGUCACCUUCAGACCUCCAGCUCUUUGCUGCAAUCCCACUGAGACAACUGGGGCGGACCCAGGUCUCUCUCUGGUCUACCUCAGCCUUUCAACUAUUCAUCAUGGUUAUGUCUGUUACAUCAUUUCUGCUCAUGCUGUUAAAUAUCUCCAUGCUUUAUUUUCUAAGCAUGGAGUUUCUGAUGCCAAAAAACAAGAAGGCCCAGCUCUGCUGGGACAAGAGGACUGGUGGCACGGGCAGGAGGGGCUGAGGGGUAACAGUCUCGCAUGCAGAGGGACAUGUGGCAUGGGGGAACAGUCUGGGACACCUCUGUCCUCUGGGAAAGGUAUGGUUCCCCCCCAUCUUCCUCUGGAGAAGAAGAGCUCUGGGGAAAAUGCCCAGCAAUGGCAGUUUUAGCAGAUGCCCUCAAUAAAGGUUUCUGAAGACAACCUGGAGCAGCUGCCAAGCUUUCCUCCAUAAAAGAAGGAGAAGAGGAAAUCCUACAUCCUGGAUGAAUGGAGGAAUUGACGACCAGACUUGAAGACCUCAUCAGGAUAUGCCUAAAAAUUUGGGUCUGGAGCAGUGCUCAGAGAUGUGGUCCCCAACCUUGGGCUCCCCUUCACUGGGGCCCAAAUAUAAAACAGAAGUGUGGCUUCCCCCAAAACUGGCCAUAAGAAGUGGGAGAAACAGCUGGUGUUGCUUCAUCUCAGGACUUGCAGGCAAGGAGGCUCACUGUGCCUUUGAGCUUGGCAAGAACACAGGGAACUGUUUUUGAUAAACAAUAUGGAUAAAAUUGAUGAGCCUUCACACAAGUAUUUUUUGCUGGCUGCAUUUAAGGAUUCAUCCUUUCCAUGUUACCUAUUUUAAUGCAUAUACAUACAACAUGUUCUUUAGAUGCAUAAUAUUAUAUGUCUCCAGGGAUAAUACUCGGGGUGACUGGUUUUUCGGUGCAAAUAAACGGUGUUGCAUUAUGUAAAAUGGACCAUGAAUUAAUUAAACUGAUGAGAUUUGGAACAA